GGGGAGAAAGUGUGGAUUCUGGCCAUUGUCGACAAUGGGGCCAUGAUCAAUGCCAUUGACACAGCAUAUCAGAGAAUCGUGCGAAGACUAACACCACCAAGUCCAUCUGCCAGAACACUUCGCAUGGCUGACAGUUCCCUAGUACCAUUAACAGGUAUAUGGACAGGAACAGUUUCGUGGGGACCCAUUAAUGUACAUACAUCCUUUGAAGUUUUCCCUAGCGGAGGAUCCUGGCACAUGCUAAUUGGCAAACCACUGUUAGAGCAAGUCCACGCAAUUCAAGACUAUGGCAAUGACACCAUAAUGCUCCCACAUGGUAACAGUUUCUAUUGA